UCAAAUAUAAAUAUUAAUGUCGCCUUGUGUUGUCAAAAUGUAGCUUGCAUCAGAGUUGAUUAAUGUUUUUCCAAUCAUUGAAUAUUAAUAAUCAUUAUACAGUAUACUAUUACAAAAAAUAUUAAAUUUGAUUUAAUUCUAUUCUAUGUUGUAAUAGUAUUUAUUGAAAUAUGACAAAAUUAGGAGCACGUUGGUGCUCAGCACCAGGUUGUACGCAAAAUUCAAAAAAGGAUUCAAAGAUGACCUUUUUUCGUUUUCCGAAGCAGAAAGAGCGAGCAAGAAUAUGGGUUGCUAAUAGUGGACGAGAAGAUUUAGAAGGGAAAGAUGCGAACUAUUUGUACGAAAACUGUAAAUUAUGCAGUCUUCACUUUCAAAAAAAUAUGUUUGCUAAUUUUAUGAAAAAUAGAUUGAAGGAAGAUGCGGUUCCAACGUUGUUCAAUCUUCCCAAAUCAGUUUUGACAGAUGAGACUGAAGAUCUGCAAUGUGAGGCAAGUGGAAGAAAAAGAAAAUGUACUUCUGUUGAGACGGAACUAAUUUGA